AUGAGCACCCGCUCAUUCAAUCUCUUCCUGAUUGCCGAAUCUGGAAGCUCCUUUACAGUCCAUCAGUUUGUGGUGAUUCUCGAUCGCCUGGCCCAUAAUCAAACGACUCUCAUAUGCAUAUUUAUUGGCAUUUGGCGUCGCGUGUGGCCUGAGUCGAGGCCAAUUCAAACUCAACAAUUCGAUUGCUCAUCUGUUUGUCUGCUUGCAGCGAGCACGCCCUCAUCAUUAGCUUAUGCCAACUUUACGGAGCUCUCAGAGGCGGUGCAUGCCUCGCUGUUGGCGCACGAGCAAGUGCAACAGCAGCGCCAAUCGCUGCAUGGCCGAGCCAAGCGGGCGGUGAAGCGCGUUUGCUAUGGUGAGCUGGGCUGCUUUGAGGACUCGGGUCCAUUCGCGUAUCUGGAGAUGCUGCCCUCUUCGCCCGAGGAGAUAAAUACCAAGUUUUACUUCUACUCGACGCGUCAGCGCUCAGAUCGACCGCUCAUGGAGCUGUCCUUCCUCAACAUGACGGCGGCGUUUGCCAAGGCCAAGGCCAAACGCGAGUCCGAGAGUCCGCCAGCGCCAACGGUCACAACCAGCGCCCCAGCGGGCACAGCGUCUAUGCCUGGCUUGAACAUGAGCACGGAGAAGCCGAUGGGCAUAGGCAGCAGUCCGAAGAAGCAGCCACAGCCUUCCAUAGAUGACCUCGAGGGCUUCGAUGAGCUCUCCGUGCGCGUAAUCGUGCACGGCUUCGGUUCCGCCUGUCCGCACGUCUGGAUCUACGAGAUGAAAACAGCGCUGAUGGCUGUGGAGGACUGCAUUGUAAUUUGCGUGGACUGGGAGAACGGCGCUACCUUUCCGAACUACGUGCGUGCCGCGGCGAACACGCGUCUGGUGGGCAAGCAGUUGGCAAUGCUGCUGCGGCAUCUGCAGCAGCACAAGGGUCUCAAUCUGAUGCGCACUCAUGUGAUUGGCUUUAGCCUUGGUGCGCAUGUUUCUGGGUUUGCGGGCGCCGAGCUGCCCGGCUUGUCGCGUAUCACUGGCCUAGAUCCGGCCGGGCCGCUGUUCGAGGCGCAGCAUCCGAAGGUUCGUCUGGACAGCAGCGAUGCGGAGUUCGUCGACGUUAUACACUCGAAUGGCGAGAAUCUUAUUCUGGGCGGCCUCGGCUCCUGGCAGCCCAUGGGCCACGUGGACUACUAUCCAAAUGGAGGGCGUGUGCAGACGGGCUGCUCCAAUCUGUUUGUGGGCGCAGUCACGGACUUCAUUUGGUCUGCCCAGGCGGCCGAGGAUGAGGAGGGACGUUCGCUCUGUAAUCAUCGACGCGCUUACAAGUUCUUUAUCGAUUCGGUGGCGCCACGCUGCAUGUUUCCCGCCUUCCCCUGUGCCAGCUACGAUGACUUUCUGAAGGGCAAGUGCUUUCCGUGCGCCCAGGACGAUGAGGAUCUGGCUGAGGGCGUGCCACGCUGCGGCAACAUGGGCUACUAUGCGGACAGAUCGACGGGCCGUGGCCAGCUUUAUCUGUUGACACGCGAGGAGGAGCCCUUCUGUGCGCACCAAUUCCAGUUGCAGAUCUUUAACUCGUUCAACGAUCUGCCGCUGCGCACGAUCGGCCGCUUGGAGGCCAUACUCGAGGGCGAUGGCGGCCUUAACGAGACUUUCGAAAUAUCCGAAAAGGACGAUGCCGAGUUUUUUGCUGGCGACAUUGUAUCGAAGAUAAUUGUGCCGCAUCCGGCUCUGGGCUUUCCCACCACGCUCAGCCUGCACUACAAGUCCUAUAGCGGCUGGCUGUCGAAGGGCCUGCCCCACUGGGACAUUGACAAGGUGGUGCUGACGGACAGUUUUGGACGCAGCCAUUCGCUGUGCCGCCCCAGCACCAAGCUGAGCAGCGGCAGUCCCGUUCGCAUGCCCCUCCAGGCGGGCAACUGUGAGCUGGACAACCAGGAUGACUAUGGCGCCUAUACCACCACCCAGCCGCCUGCCUCGUUGUCGGCCAGCACGGAUGCCCCUGUGGCGGACUCCAGCGUGCAGGAGUCGGGCCUGAGUGCCAGCGUCGAUGGAGUCGAGAGCGUCAAGCAGCGCAAGGAUAUCUUUAAUCUGGGCACCAGCUUCAAGCUGGCUGAAAAUCAAACCUAUCCGCUGGACCAGACGGAUGAGCUGCCCUGGCAGCCCAUACUCGUCGGCAAUUCCCUGGACAAGGACAACAAUGAGGCCGAGGCAGCCGAGUCGAGUCGCAGUCUGUCGGACGCCCUAGCGCCCGGACAGCAGCCCGCUGAUGAGAUUUUCGAGCCCGUUCUCAAGGACCGACGGCUGGCCGUGAAUCGUGGGCGCAAUCUACAUGAACUACAUGCCAAUGCCGGGGAAAUUGUCGAACCGGUGCUCAAGGCAACCACGCCGCGUAGCAAGCAUGGCAAGGGUCUGCAGCUGGCUGAGCCCGAGGAUAGCAAUGCCACAGCCAGCUCAACGGACAGCGCAGUCAGUCCCACCAGUUCGGCCAGUCCAGCUGUUGCCACGGCGCCCAAAAUGAUGGCACAACUCUCGAGCGGCUCGGAGGAGCCGCAAACGGUACAGCUGCUGCCCUUCCGUCUCGGCGAACUGCUGCAACGGGCCGAGCGGUACGCCCGAGAGACGCUGCUGCCGCUCAUCUCUGUGCAGGCGCCGCGUUUCUUUGGCUUCAAUGUGACGCCGCACGAGCGAGCCGGCGAGUCCCGCAAGCCACGCUACAUACCGCGCUACGAGGAGGCAGCAUUCAUCAACAAGAGCAGCAGCCAGCAGCGCCGCAGCUCCGAGUCCGCAGAGGCCACAGAUCAGGCGGCGCGUCGCAAUCUGUUUCGGCUGCUGCGCUCAGAUGCGGCGCGUGGUCGUGCCGCCCAGCAGCCUAUCACGUCGGCAGCUCCAAUGGCCAGCAGCGAAACGCAGCAGCGGGACUUUAACUAUUACACGAAUAUGCUGCACAGCGAGUCCCGCGCCAUGCGCCCCGAGGCGCCCGAGUAUCGCCCCGUUUUCAUAGAGCUGCCCACGUAUCGGCCGCCAGUGGCUACUACGGCAAAGGCCGUGCGACGAGCACGCGUCCAGCUGAAUCCCUGAGAUGAGCAGGGUGCCGCGGCGGGAGAACAGCUAUAAAUAUAAACACUAUGUGAUAUGGAUAAGCCGAGUGGGGCGUCUGCUCAGCGUUUGGUCGAGUGAAAUCUGUCUGUCCUGGCCUAAAAGGCCGAAGCCCAAGCGCACUUGGGUUGGUCCUUGGCUCGUCGAACCAAAAAACUUCACCUUGCACUGUAAAUAAACGUUAAAUCGGAAUUUGAUUGGAACUGCGUCCACUGAGUUCCCUACGCCUUAAGUUUACCUAAUAAGUUUAUAAUGUGAGCAAUUAAAUAAAUUAUUAGCAUGCUAAGCAUAAAUCACUAGAUUAGCCUGCAAAUACAUUCCCAAACACGACUUCCUAAAUCCAAAUUGGAAUAUCUUUUUGCGCGAUUCUU